AUGGCUGAGUCAUCACCUUCAUCUGAAGAGCUUUGUGUCGCUUGUUCGUCCCAACCGUUUGAUUUAACUUGUAGUUGCGGAGGUAAAUUCGAUUUUUUCUGUAUUAAUAUACAUGUCGAAGAAAUUCGUCUGGAAUUUGAAUUCAUUCAAUCUGAAACUGGCCAGAAAUUACUCGAACUUGAACAGGCAGCAGAAAACAAUGAUUGCGCUGAGAAGAGAACUAUGGUCGAAAACUGGAGACAAAAACGUUUGAAGGAUAUAAACAGUUUAGCUGACGAUGCUCUGAGUGAAAUCGAACGUCGAGAAAAUACGUAUGAGGAUGUUGCAACACUUCGUACUCAAUACAAUUCGUUGAGUCAAAAUAUGGGCCGAGUUGUUCAUCAACAACUACAUUCAAUGUAUUCAUUACAACAAAAAACAAAAGAAAAAACUGAUCAACUAGAAAAACUGCCUGCACCUAUUCAAGAUGAUAUUGCUUUAGAUAGCAAACUUAAAAAGAAACUAAAUCCAACCAUCUUUGGUCAAAAUUCAACAACAACAACAAACACAGCAGAAUCAGCGGUUGUUACAUCUGCUACUGAUGAGGGUAAUAAUAUAUUGGUUAAUACGGAACAGAGUGGCUUUAAUUUGAUGACAAAUGUAAAUACAAAUAGUCCUGAUCAGUCUACAAAUGUUGGACACAUUAUUCUUGCUCCGCCAAGAACUAUCAACCCUCCUCCAGCAGCACAGGCUGAAGACAAGACCGAAUCUCCACAACAAGAUAAUUUUAAUCAAGGUUUAACAUCAAAUAUUGAACUGGAAAAUCCAAUAAUUAUACCUACACAUAAUGAUACAUUUGCCGGCACUCUAUGUUGUCAUGACAGUCAAUUGCUUUAUAAUAAUUAUAAUCCUAGAAAUGGAACUUGCCAUUUAAUACUGGUACCCGAUGUAGAACAGCCAACAUCACGGCAAACAAUUCCGUGGGCCGAUCCCGAUGCAAGUAUCGGUGGUGGUGAUAACAAUUGGAUACAAGAUAUAACAUAUUCAGCUACGCUCAAGGGUUAUUUGCUGCUGAAUUGUUCACGUUUACGAUUUCUCCGUAAUAAUAGAAAUGUAUUAGAAGAAUUUUAUCAAUUUCCUGAUCGUAGUAUGAAGCGUGUUACAUGCGAUGAUAAAUAUAUUUAUGUAUUAUCAGUAGGUGGCGCUACGAAUCCCUAUGGCGAUGAGAUUAUCCUACUAAACUACGAUAAAGAAGAAAAAGCAUGCAAAUCAUUUCGUGAUAUUAUAUCGGGCGGAAGAAAUGAUGCCACGACAUCAACUAUUGGAGAAAUAAGUGAUUUUGCUGUAAAUAAUCAUGGUCAAAUAAUGUUAGCUUAUCGUUUGAAACAUCGUAAACAAGUCCGACUUUGCAUAUUCAAUCUUCUCAACGGUGGAAACACUUGGACGAUCGUUAAGCAACUAUUACUCAACGAAUGUUGGGACGAAGAAAAAUUGUUUACACCCAGAAUGGAAUGGUGUGAAAAAUUUCGUCUUUUUGUUGUUGUUGAAUACAUAACCAGCCAUUUGAUAAUGCUGGAUGAGUCCGGUCAAGUUAAAGGCGAAUCCAGUUUUACGAGUGUUCAAAAUGCAGAGGAAACCCCAUUGAAUAUAAGCAUUUCUAACAAUGAUUGGAUUUGCGCACGAUAUGUAUCAUCGAUUAAUAUUCAUCGAUUGAGCGGCGAUAGAUUUUGA